AUGACCCGCACACGCCACGUCAGGCCGUACCUGGCUCGUAGCGUCGCCGGCCGCGGCUCUCAGGAGGCGGCACCCUGGGUCGGGGUCCGAGUUGGGCUCGGCCUCCCUUCUCGGACCUCACCCGCAGCAGCCGCCCCGCCCAAGCGCCUUCUGAUUGGCUCCUUGCGUGUCUGCUUCCGGCGCCCAGCUCCCUCGGAGGCUGCAGAGCUGGCGAGCCAGGGGGAAUCGCAGAGUCGCGACAGUCUGUCCGAAACGUCUCCGUCAACGUCUUCAGAAGUAUAUAAGAUCAAGUUUAUAUUCCCAAAUGGCGACAAGUAUGAUGGUGACUGUACAAGAACAUCUUCCGGGGUCUACGAGAGAAACGGGACAGGCGUCCACACCACUCCUGACGGGAUUGUCUACACGGGAAGCUGGAAAGAUGACAAGAUGAAUGGCUUUGGGAGACUUGAGCAUUUUUCAGGAGCCGUGUAUGAAGGACAAUUUAAGAACAAUAUGUUUCACGGACUGGGGACUUACACAUUCCCAACUGGGGCAAAGUACACUGGAAAUUUCAAUGAAAACAGGGUAGAAGGUGAGGGCGAGUACACGGACAUCCAAGGCCUUCAGUGGAGUGGCAACUUCCACUUCACAGCUGCUCCUGGCCUGAGGCUGAAGCUCUACAUGUAG